UGACGAUGUGUAUAAUGAUGAACGUGAAAGUGGAAAAAUUGAAUCAACGAGUAUAAAUGAGUGGUUUUCGAAAGAUAUUGAAGAUGACAAAUUAAAUAAAAGAACGAACUUUAAGAUUUCCAAAAAUCGUGAGCCUGAUGAUAACAUCUAUCUGAAAGUGGAUAAUAGUGAAAAUGAUGAUGAUGGGAAGACAAAUUUUAGAUGUAAAGACAUUAGAAAAUGA